AUGGACACACCAUCGGCUAGGGAAUUCCUUUCAAAUCUCGAGCCGUUCCAGAUAGUCCUCUUGAUCAUUGCUUCAGCUUUCACUAUCAUCGUCUACAUACUAGCAUUUAUUCAUUGGUAUUACGUCUACUCGUACGUUUCAAUUGAAACAAGAAGGAAUAAGCUCUAUUGGCUCGUUACGCUGUUUCCAAACGAGAGCAAGCUUUGUGCGUUGUUCUCACAAGGUGAGGGCAUUAAGCACACCUCCUGA